AUAUACUUAGACACGGUUACAAACAAUUGUCCGAGUAGAGUAAACCCUAGAAGCGCCUCAUCUCCUUUGUCUGCAGAAGCUAGCCAUGGCUCCGAAGAAGGAAAAGGCUCCACCAGCGUCCAAACCUGUCAAAUCAGGUGGAGGGAAGCAGAAGAAGAAGAAAUGGAGCAAGGGUAAGCAAAAGGAGAAGGUCAACAACAUGGUCCUUUUCGACAAAGCAACUUAUGAUAAGCUUCUGACUGAAGCCCCCAAGUUUAAGCUUGUAACUCCUUCAAUCCUGUCAGACAGAUUGAGAGUCAAUGGUUCUCUUGCACGCAAGGCAAUCAAAGAACUGAUGGAAAAGGGUUUGAUCAGAUUGGUAUCUUCACACUCCAGCCAGCAGAUUUACACCAGAGCUACUAAUACUCAGUAGAUGGAAUUUUGUUAUUGUUCCUUAAUAUGGUUUGUUUGUGUAAUCUUUAGCAGUAUUCUAUUUUCUGCAGUAAUGAACCUGGAUUUUUGUUUACAAUUCUAUCACAGUUUAUGAAUAUUUUCUUUCCCAUAUUUUUAUUUUUAACAUCA